AAUGAAGAACUGAAUGAAGAGGAGAAAAAUGACGUCAAAACUGGAGAAAAACCUUUGAGUCGCUCUCAAACCAAAGAGAAAGAUUUAAAGAAAAGAAGAGCCAAGAAAUCUUUCACCUGCACUCAGUGUGGAAAGAGUUUGAAAAGCAAACAGAGUCUCGAGUUUCACAUGAGGAUCCACACUGGAGAGAAACCAUACACAUGUGAUCAGUGUGAGAAGAGUUUCAGACAAUCAGCAAACCUUCAGAGACACAUGAACAUCCACACUGGAGAGAAACCAUACACUUGUAAUCAGUGUGGGAAGAGUUUCAGACAAUCAGCAAACCUUCAGAACCACAUGAACAUCCACACUGGAGAGAAACCAUUCACUUGUAAUCAGUGUGGGAAGAGUUUCAGACAAUCAUCAACCCUUAAGGACCACAUGAACAUCCACACUGGAGAGAAACUGUAUGAAUGUUAUCAAUGUGGAAGAACAUUUUUGAGGGCCUCAGACCUGAAGAGUCACCUGAAAGUUCAUACAAAGGAGAAACCACAUUCAUGUUCUUUGUGUGGAAAGAGGUUUUCACAUCUGCAUAAUUUAAAAGUACAUCAGAAGAUACACACUGGUGUGAGA